UGUGCUGAUAAGAAGUAUAUAUACUGGAGCGAUCAUUCUGACUAUUCACUAUUCACCUGUAGUUUCACUGAGUCUUAUUCCCUGCAGAAUGGUAUUGCUCCCUUCCAUUUUCGUGGCUUUCCUGGCCAUAGCAUCAUUGGUUGAUGCAGAUGGGUUCUGUCGGCUUGACACUUGCGACCCAGGGGUUCACACCAUGUGUCAAUUUUCUUCACCUCAGCCUAGCCGCCAGUGCGGUGCUUAUAAAGAUGCUACAGUAACACCUGCUGAAAAGAAAGAGCUUCUGGAUGUUCACAACAAAUUGAGAGCUCGAGUUGCUAGCGGCCAGGAGACUCGCGGUAUUGGCGGACCUCAGCCUGCCGGAAUCAUCCCACCUCUGAGCUGGGACGAGGAAUUGGCAGUGGUUGCCCAACGAUGGGCCAACCAAUGUCACUUUGGUCAUGACAGCUGCAGAAAUGUCGAGCGUUUCCGCGUUGGACAGAAUGUGGCUUAUGAGGAGUGGUCAGGAUCAUACAAUACAAAAUUAUCUACGCUGGUGAACAAUUGGUACGACGAAGUUGAACAGUUUGAUCGACGUAUAAUUCCUUCUUAUCAGUAUUUCUCCGCCACCGGUCACUACACUCAGAUGGUAUGGGGUAAAACUACUAAAGUUGGCUGUGGUGUUAUAAGGCAUCCACACAAUGGUAUGUUCAGGACUUACCUCGUCUGCAACUACGCUGAUCGUGGUAACAUAGCUGAGCAGCCAAUAUAUGAAACUGGUCGUGGAGGUGCAACAAGAAAUCAGCACAACAACCAAAGAAAUCCCCAGAGAUACACUCCAAUUUCUCAGCCACGAUAUCCCAAUCAACAUCAAAAUGUUGGACAAAACAGAAAUCCACAAAGGAAUGCUCAAACGUUUCACUUUACAUACCCCGCAAAUCAAGAUCAUAAUGCAAUCCAACAGAAAAUGAAUGCCUGUAUGCAGACGUGUAUGUUGGGUUAAAAUAAUAUCAAUUAUUUGGAUAGUAAUGUUAAGUUGUCGACAAAAUUCAAUGCCUUGUAAAACAUGUUUUUGACCCCAGUGAUGAAAAUAAAAGUACAAUAUUUAAGUAAUUGUUUUAAUUACUCUUCCAAUCAUGCAAUAAUAAGGAUAUUCAUAGUA